UCAAGUGAAACAAGCAAGUGCAAACACAGAUGUGGCAUGCAACGUUAAUAGAAAUAGAUCUUGACUCUAGCACUUGAUUGGCCAAUUGGUUGACAGUGCAUGUGGAAAAUUGCACCAACUGAAGGUUUUCCACAGACCAAAAAAAUGAUAGCCAGCAGCGGGAAUUUAAUGUUAUUUUGUGCUACUUUGUGCUGGCUUUGCUUGAGCGUCACUUCGGAUAUCAUCAAAUAUGAUAAAACCAUUUUAGAGGAUGCCAACUUGCCGGCGCCAGAUCUGAUCCGGAAGUAUGGCUACAGCGCGGAAAUACACAAAAUAACGACCAAGGAUGGCUUUGUGCUCACGGCACAUCGCAUACCGAAGCCGGGCGCGCAGCCCGUGCUGAUGGUCCAUGGGCUGGAGGACAGCUCGGUGGGAUAUCUCAUACUGGGACCCAAGAAGUCGCUGGCCUACAGGCUGAGCGAUCUGGGCUAUGACGUUUGGCUGCUCAACACGCGGGGCAAUCGCUACUCGCGGAAGCACAAGCGCUACCAGCGGAAUAUGCGCGAGUUCUGGGACUUUUCCUUCCACGAGGUCGGGCUGUACGACCUGCCGGCCGCGAUUGACUAUGUUCUGGCCAUGACCAAGGGCUACGAGCAGCUGCACUACAUUGGCCACUCGCAGGGCACGACAUCCUUUAUGGUAAUGGGCAGUGAGCGGCCCAGCUACAUGAAGAAGAUCAAACUGAUGCAGGCGCUGGCUCCGGUCGUGUUUUGCGAUUAUGUGGGGUCACCCUUUGUCCUGUUUGCCUCGAAAUACGUGCGACCUUUGACAUUCUAUGCCAGAGCUCUCGGCAUCUACGAUUUCCCUCCUGAGGGCGAAGUCUUUCAAAGACUUUUCUAUCAGAUUUGCAGCUUUGCCUUCCGCAACACCUGCAACUACUUCCUUUUGCAGCUGAUGGGCGUCGAUGCCCAGCAACUGAAUGCCACACUCGUGCCGCUAUUUGUGCGACACGUCGCUGGCUCCUCGCUCAAGUCCCUGGGGCACUACACACAGCUGGUCCACAGCGGUGGCUUCUACAAGUACGACUACUACAGCGCUGUGGAGAAUCGUCGCCGGCACGGCUCCGACACCCCGCCACAGUAUAAUCUGUCCAAUGUCGACUGCAAGGUGGCUCUGUACUACAGCAAGAACGAUCUCCUCACAGCGGUCAGGGAUGUGGAACGCCUGCGCGACGCGCUGCCCAAUGUGGUGCACGACGGUCUGAUUCCAUACGAGAAGUUCAAUCACGUGGAUUUCAUUUGGGCAAAUGACAUCAACAGCCUGCUCUACGACGGCAUGGUGGAGAAUAUGAAGAGGUCCGAUAGGGGAGAGUUGUAGGGUGGCCGUUGGUAUGGGCAAAGGGAAUUUGAGGCUUUAUUUUGUGUAGUAAAUUAAUUAGCAAAUAAAUAAUAGUAAUAAUAAUUUAAGAAUAUCAAGGAACAAGCGAAUCUUGAUGCAGAUACUUGAAGAAGUUCCAACAAAUUUGGUCUAAAAUGUAGUGAAUAAUAUUCCAAUAUUGCUGCCAAUCUUCGCUUAAAUUGUAUGCAAAACGUGGCCUAAAAUCCCUGUGAUAGACACAGUUUCAAUUUACUUUUAAAGUGAACUUUAAAUACAUUGGAAAUAAAUGA